UCUGCGGUCUUCCUGUAAUAAUGAAAUCUGGGAGUUCGGCAACUGAGUUAGCAACUCGGAUAAGUCGUGCUCUCAUCAACGCUUCCAACCACUCAAGGCCAACUCGGUCAUGGACCCCUUCUCUCGAACUCACUCUUCACCGACUCGCCUUCCGCGACUCACUCACUCCUUCCCUCGUCGCCCGAGUCAUCGACUCGUUCCUUCUCCCCCACCACUCUCUCGCUCUCGGCUUCUUCAACUGGGCUUCUCAGCAACCAGGCUUCUCUCACUCCUCCAUCUCCUACCAAUCCAUCCUCAAAUCCCUCUCCUUUUCCCGCCAAUUCAACGCCAUUGAUGCUCUUCUAAGGCAACUCAAAGCCAACAAAGUUUCUCUUCAUUCUUCUGCUUAUAGCUCCAUAAUCGCUUCCCUUAUCGCCGGGAACAAAGCCAGAAACGCUUUUUUGGUUUUCAGCGAGAUUGGUUCUCUUGUUCAGGAUAUUGGGUCCGAGAUUUGUAACUCUCUUUUGGCUGCUCUGGCUUCGGAUGGGUGUAUUGAUUAUGCACAUAAGGUGUUUGUUGAAAUGACUCAGAGAGGUGUUCCUUUGACAACUCUUGGUUUUGGCGUGUUUAUUUGGAGGUUAUGCGAAAACGCUGAAUUGGGUGUCGUUUUGAGUUUGUUGGACGAGGUUGUAGCUUGUGAUUCUGAGGUUAAUGGGUCGGUAAUAGCGGUUUUGGUCGUUCAUGGGCUUAGCAAGAAUUCAAGAGCUUCUGAGGCUUUCCUCAUUUUGGAUGAGCUUAGAAAUAGGAACUGUAAACCGGAUUUCAUGGCGUAUAGUAUUGUCUCUGAAGCGUUUAGAUCAAGUGGGAGUGUAGUUGAGACACAGAUGGUUUUGAAGAAGAAGAGAAAGCUAGGAGUGGCUCCGAGGAGUAAUGAUUAUAGAGAGUUCAUCAUGGUUCUAAUACGUGAGAGGCGAAUAUGCGAAGCGCGGGAAUUGGGUGAAGUGAUUGUGAGUGGGAAUUUCCCGAUUGAGGAUGAUGUUCUCAAUGUUUUAAUAGGAUCAGUUUCAGCCAUUGACCCCGAUUCUGCGCUGAUGUUUUUCAAGUUCAUGGUUGGGAAAGAAAGGUUUCCAACUCUUUUAACUUUGAGCAAUUUGAGUAGGAGUCUCUGCAAGCAUGGCAAGAUUGAUGAAUUGUUGGAAAGUUUCCAACUUUUGUCUUUCCACAACUACUUCAAAGACGAGGAGAGUUAUAUUGUGAUGGUGUCAUACUUGUGCAAAGCUGCUAAAGUGAAAGAAGCCUAUGGAGUUCUUCAAGAGAUGAGAAAGAAAGGGUUGGGACCGGAAGUCGCAUCUUAUAACUCUCUCAUGGAAGCAUGCUGUAGGGAAGAUUUAUUACGGCCUGCGAAGAAGCUGUGGGAUGAAAUGUUUACAAUUGGGUGCAGUCCAAAUUUGAGGACUUACAACAUUCUUAUUGGGAAAUUCUCAGAAGUAGGUCUAGUUGAAGAGGCUCAGAGGCUGUUUGACCACAUGUUGGCAAAAGGGGUGGCUCCUGAUUCCACAACUUACACAUCUCUGCUUCAAGGGCUUUGUCAAGAGACAAAGCAUGAAGCUGCUUUUGAUGUCUUAAACAUUUGUGUUAAACAAGACUCAGUGCUUGCAAGAACAGUGUUGAAUACCUAUAUUCUCUAUCUAUGCAAAGAAGGUCUUUUUCUUGCUGCUUCCGAGUUUCUCCGUCGCCUUAAUUAUGGCUUUGCACACUCAGAGUUUCAUGUCAUUUUACUGAAAUUUUUGGCCAAUGCUUCAGAAGUUCCAACUGCUAUUGAACACAUCAAAUCGGUUCGAGAAACUUCACCCUCAAUGCUUCAAGCCAUAUCUUCUGAACUUUCAGCAUCACUUUCAUCUUCCUCAAAACCGGAGGCAAUUCUUCAGUUACUUGAUGCAACAAAAGAAGUUUUAUGUCUCAAGCCAUAAUUCUUG